AUGCUGGGCGUAGCUGAUAACCUAUUACGUAUACUAAACGCAGUCUUCCUAGUCAUUUGCAUCGGUCUUAAUAGUGCCCUAUUGAACACAAAGACUCACAACAACUCAAGAAUAAACUACUGUAUGUUCACAUGCGCAUACUGUCUAACCACAGAUUCCAUAUACGGGAUCUUCGCCAAUUUCUUCGACAUCCUCGCAUUGCCCGCAUUAUGUUUCUGCCUGGAUUUCUUAAAUUUCGCAUUCACUUUCGUCGCCGGUACUGUCUUGGCUACUGGUAUAAGAGCUCAUUCGUGUAAGAGUGAACACUAUGUCAACAGCAACAAGAUCACUCAGGGGUUCAAGAACAGAUGUCGUGAAUCCCAAGCUUUAGUAGCCUUCUUCUACUUCUCAAUGGCUAUCUUCUUAGCUAAAUUGAUCAUGUCCACCAUUAACAUGAUCCAAAACGGGGCCUUUACUCAACAUAUCGGCAGAAGAAGAAGAAGAAACGCCGCUGAAAUCGGUGUCCCUUCCAUCUCUCAAGUAUAG